CUUUCAUACGAAGAGACUUAAUCUACAACCCCAACUGACUGCAUAUACCAGCACACACGCACAUUUAUAUAUAUAUAUAUAUAUAUAUAUAUAUAUAUAUAUAUUAUAUACAUCAACACUAUAUACACACCAUACAUAUACUUAUAUAUUUACACCUACAACAUUUGUAUAUUGAAUAAAGGAACUAUGCCAGCAGGUGUAUCAUGGUUUUCCUACCUGAAGCAUGCGACUGUUGCCAUGCUCUUCAUGAUGGCAGGUGCGCAGACUGUUCACCUGAUCUACAGACCUUUAGAUGACUUAGAGGACUUAGUGAGAGCAGAAAAAGAAAAAUUACAACUUAAAGAGCCGAGCAGCAGCAGCAGUAACAACAAUAACAACAACAGCAACAGUUCUACUGUGACAGAUUCACAAGGGCCUCCCUCAUAAUCUCUGUAUUUUAGUGUUCCGGUAUGUAAGCGUAAAGGAGUUACAUUGCAAAGGCACAUUACUGCGGGACAAACCAAAGAAAUAACCUCUACGUGGUUGCAUGACCUAGAAAUAGCAGCCAUGUCUCUUCCUCACAAACUAUACUUUCCUGUCUUCGUCUCAUAAAGCAAGAUUUAUAUAUCUUAAUUUGCAGAGGAAUUUGUAGUGGGUAGUUUAGCUUAAUCGGUCAAAGCAUCAUGACAUGUAAUCAUGGGGAUGUGAGUUUGAGUCCACAGCUAGCCACCUACACUUUUCUCUGCAAAAUAGGGAUAGUUUAUCCUGUUCAGGCUAUAUUAUUAGCAUUAUUCUGCGAUUGAGAAUUUAAAAUCACUUCUUUAACUUUCUAGAAAAUAAAAAAUAGUAAAAAAUAGAAUCAGAUUUGAGAUUCAAGUAGAUUUCUAUCUGAUUUCUAUUUUUGUCAAGAAUUUUGCUAAAUUAGGUAAUUUAAAUUUAAAAAUUAUUUUUAUUGUGGUUUUUUGUGGCUCCACGUUGUUCUGCAUCUUUCCAAGGGCUUGAUUUUAUCUGUUGUCAACAUUGACCACUUCACUGAAAGUUUAACACAGCUCAAAUAAAUGCGAGUUAUCUGUGUGUAUGUGUGAUAAUAGCCCCAGAUUGUCUAUGGUUGAGCUGACCUUUGAGGUUAACAAAUACAUGCUUUGCGAAUAGUAGUAAUUCUUGAAACAUGUCAAAACACUCGUGGCGUUUCCAUAAACAACCAAGGAGCUGCUUUCUUGGCACUGCAAGAGUCAACAAGACACAGAUAAACUGUUUUAUUAACCACAAAAAAAAAUGAAGUGAAUAACAACCAGUGUGUGUAUUUGUAUUGGCAGAACGAUCGAUCCUCUUAACCCUUUGGCAUUCAUAUCAUUCUAUCAAAUGUAAUGUUUAAUUAUUCACAUUUUGUAGAAUUAAUGAUAUAUUAAAUUGUAGCUUCAAGAUUUUUGAAGAUGUGAUUGUUUAUUUUUAGAAUGACAUUGUAGGGUAUGUGUGAGAAGUUGGAUCUGGCCAUUUUCAACAUGAAACAGGUGGAAUAUUUGGACAAGUUUAAAUGCUAAAGGGUUAAAGUUCAGCUGUCUCUCUUCUGAUGCGUGAUUUUCACAUGAAAGGAUCUUGUGACAUAAAAUCACAAACAGGAAAUAUUUAUUUAUACUUUUGUUGUUAAUUUCAUCCAUUCUCUCCAUGUAAAUACCCCUAAUGUUUUGAAUCCCUAUGGAUAAUAAAUUAGUAUUUUUAAUAUUA